AUGGUGACUAGGGUUUUCAUUCAAAUAUUUGUCCUGUUUUUAGCUUGUUCAUCGACAUCGAGUUCAUCAACUCAUUUAUGUCUCUCAGAUCAAAGAGCUUCCUUGCUUGAAUUCAAGAACACCCUUUCUUUUAAUGAUUACUGCAUGCAGUUUACUUCCCCCCAGACAAAUUCCUGGAACGAAACCGCCGAUUGCUGUUCUUGGGAAGGUCUUAGCUGCGACGAGCAGACCGGUCAUGUAAUUGCCAUCGAUCUCAGUGGCGGCUGUCUUCAGGGUUCUCUCCAUGCAAACUCCACCCUUUUCCAGCUUCGACAACUCCAACAACUCAACUUUGCUUACAACGAUUUCAAUGGCUCUAUCCCAUCACCAUUAUUUAACCACUUCGUGAGUUUAACCUAUCUUAAUCUUUCCGGGUCUGGUUUCUCUGGCUUAAUCCCACAUGAAAUCAGCCUCUUGUCGAGUUUGGUUUCACUCGAUCUCUCCUAUUCUAGUUUGACAUUUGAUGCCACAGGUUUCGACAGGCUUUCACGAAACUUAACCAAAUUAAGAAACCUUGUCCUAGAAGGUACAGAUAUGUCAGGUGUUUCAGUUGCUUCCUUCUCGAACUUGUCUUCAUCAAUGGAAACAUUGAUUCUCGGAACUUGUCAGCUACAUGGGGAGUUCCCAAGUGAAGUUUUCAGCCUUCCAUAUCUAAAACAUGUAGAGUUAGCUUGGAAUGAAAACCUCACUGGUUAUCUCCCUAAGACCAACUUGAGUCCUUCCCUUGUGUCGUUAGACCUUUACUAUUGUCGUUUCAAAGGAUCAAUUCCUUCAUCGUUUGGAAACCUCACUCAAAUCACCUUGCUAGAUUUUACUCAAAACGAUUUCCAAGGAGAGAUUCCAGAUGUUUUUGAAAACUUGGACAAAUUGACUAUUCUGAAAUUUGGUUCCAACAAUUUUAGUGGUCGGGUUCCUACAACUGUGUUCAACCUCACCCAAGUUACUCAGAUAGAUUUGUCUCACAAUCGAUUAGAAGGAACCCUGCCAAAUCAUGUCACUCGGCUGCAAUUUCUUCAAUAUCUUACCUUAACUAAUAACCUUAUAAGUGGUGGAGUACCGGUAUGGUUGUUUUCUUUGCCAUCUUUGAUAACCAUAGACCUCAGCUAUAACAAACUCACUGGUCCAAUCGGCCAAUUUCAGAAGCCUAAUUCUGUUAUGGUUAUUGAUUUGAGUUUCAAUGACAUUCAGGGUCCAAUACCCUCUUCCCUUUUUGAUCUUAAGAACCUUUCAUCCCUUCUUCUUUCGUCAAAUAACUUUAGUGGUGUCAUCGAGUCAAGCAUGCUGUCGAAGCUGGAAAAUCUUUAUGAUCUUCAGCUUUCGAAUAAUGGUUUAGUAUCAUUAAGCAGCAGCUAUGAUGGUGUAAACUAUUCAUUUCCUCAGCUUACUAGAGUAUUAUUCUCGUCGUGUAGCGUAAGGAAGUUCCCGAGUUUCUUUCGAACAUCGAAGGUGGAGGUUUUAGAUCUUUCCAAUAACAAGAUUUCAGGUGGAAUUUCUAAAUUGGAAGCUGAAGGGUGGGAGGGAUUGAACAUGUUGAACCUUUCCAACAAUUUUCUAACCAGUUUGGAGCAGAUUCCAGGAAAAUAUCUUCAGAUUCUUGAUCUUCAUUCCAACUUACUUCAAGGGCCAAUUCUCUCUACUUGGUUCAAUCUUCCACCUCCAAAUCCACCAUACUUGAGUCUGCUUUUAAUAUCGGAGAAUAAAUUGACUGGCAAUAUCCCUUCUUUGAUCUGCAAUUGGACUUCAUUGGUGGUUCUCGACUUGUCCAAGAACAAUAUGAGUGGAACUAUUCCAGAAUGCCUUGGAAACUACAGCUAUGGUCUCCAGUUCAUAAAUUUGCAGGUGAACAAUUUCCAUGGAAAAAUCCCAGAUUCUUUUACGAAUAAUAUGCUGAAGAAUCUUCUCCUCAAUGACAAUCAAUUGGAAGGUUCACUGCCUCGAUCAUUGGCCAACUGUACUUCCUUGGAAGUUCUAAACUUGGGGAACAACAACUUAACUGAUACAUUUCCCCAUUGGUUAGCUUCACUUCCAAGUCUCCAAGUUCUUAUCCUGAGAUCCAAUAGAUUCCAUGGUUCCAUCUCCAAUUCCAUAGCUUCAUCGAACUUCUCCGCACUGCAAAUAAUCGAUUUCUCUCGGAACGAACUCAGUGGCCCUUUGCCUGCAAAUUUUUUCCGUAAUUUGAGAGCAAUGAAAGAUGCACCCAAAGAGAAACUUCCAGGGUCAUAUUUAUUCAAGACUGAUGCUCGAGUUCGAUAUGUCUAUCAAUACUACCAAAGUCCAGUCAAUGUUACGAUGAAAAGGUUGGAGCUGGAGUUUCUGAAAACCUUGGCUAUCUUAACAGCCAUGGAUUUUUCAAACAACCUGUUCACUGGACAAAUUCCUGAGGAACUCGGAGAUCUCUUUUCCCUGCAAGUCCUCAACUUAUCUCACAACAGCUUCGCCGGUCCAAUCCCUUUGUCUUUCGCUAACAUAGUAGCGCUUGAAUCAUUAGAUCUAUCAUCCAACAAGCUCAGCGGCAGAAUUCCUUCGAAAUUGACAAAUCUAACAUUUCUUGCAGUGUUAGAUCUUUCAAAAAACGAGCUAGUGGGAGCGAUUCCAAAUGGGAAUCAAUUCAGCACGUUCGAUAAUGUUUCGUACAGCGAUAACUUGGGAUUGUGUGGCAUGCCAUUGUCAAGGCAAUGCAGCACCGCCGGAGAAACAACACCAGCACCACCUGCACCAAUGGUUAGGGAAGAUGAAGAUUUCGUAAUACCCUUUAUUUGGGAAGUUGUAAUGAUGGGGUACGGAUGUGGAACAGUGUUGGGAUUAAGCUUUGGUUACAUCGUUUUCACAACCGGAAAACCAUGGUGGAUCGUGAGAAUAGUUGAAAGGGAUCUGCAAACCAAGUUUACAAAGUGGGUUAAAAACAGAACACAUUCAAAAUGA